CACAGAUCAGGCAAAAGUGGGACAGAUGUCAUUUUUCUACCCUUCAGUAUGAUGUAGAGCAGUUUAUGCUUUAAACAUGAACCAAGAAUUGGAUUUUAUGUUCAUUAAAUAUGCUCGAGUUUGGAUUCCAGACGUAGAGGAAGUAUGGAAGUCAGCAGAACUCACCAAGGACUACAGACAAGGAGAUGGAGUGCUGCAGCUACAACUAGAGGAUGGAUCGGAACUGGAGUACAAAUUGGACCCCAAAACAAACAACUUGCCGCCCCUGCGUAAUCCAGAUAUCCUGGUUGGUGAGAAUGACCUGACAGCGCUCAGCUACCUGCACGAACCCGCUGUCUUACACAACCUCAAAGUGCGCUUCAUCGAUUCUAAACUCAUCUACACGUACUGCGGUAUUGUUCUAGUCGCCAUAAACCCAUAUGAGACGUUGCCCAUCUAUGGAACCGACAUCAUUUACGCUUACAGCGGGCAGAAUAUGGGCGAUAUGGACCCGCACAUCUUUGCAGUGGCAGAAGAGGCUUAUAAACAGAUGGCCAGAGAUGAGAGGAAUCAGUCUAUCAUCGUGAGUGGUGAAUCUGGAGCGGGUAAAACAGUCUCUGCCAAAUAUGCCAUGCGGUAUUUUGCAACCGUCAGCGGCUCUGCCAGUGAGGCCAACGUGGAGGAUAAGGUCCUGGCAUCCAACCCCAUCAUGGAGUCCAUAGGUAAUGCCAAGACCACCAGGAAUGACAACAGCAGUCGCUUUGGGAAGUACAUUGAGAUCGGUUUUGAUAAGAGAUAUCACAUCAUUGGAGCGAACAUGAGGACAUAUCUACUGGAGAAAUCACGAGUCGUAUUUCAGGCAGAUGAAGAGAGGAACUAUCACAUCUUCUAUCAGCUGUGUGCGUCGGCUCACCUGCCCGAGUUUAAAGCCCUCAAACUUGGGACGGCUAAUGAUUUUCACUACACCAAACAGGGCAGGAGCCCAGUGAUAGACGGUGUGGAUGAUGCAAAGGAGAUGUCAACCACCAGGAACGCCUUUACACUGCUAGGUGUGAACGAGUCCUAUCAAAUGGGCUUGUUUCAGAUUCUGGCUUCCAUUUUACACUUGGGGAAUGUGCAAGUGAAGGACAGAGACUCAGACAGCAGUGUUAUUCCACCAAACAACGGUCACCUGAGUGUGUUUUGUGAGUUAAUGGGCAUUGCAUAUCAGGACAUGUCUCAUUGGCUGUGUCAUAAGAAGCUAAAGACAGCAACUGAGACCUACAUAAAGCCCGUUCCCAAACUACAGGCCAUAAAUGCCCGCGAUGCUCUGGCCAAACAUAUCUACGCCAAACUCUUCAACUGGAUCGUCGAUCAUGUGAACAGAGCCCUGCAUUCCACGGUCAAGCAGCACUCGUUCAUUGGAGUUCUAGACAUUUACGGGUUUGAAACAUUCGAGAUCAACAGUUUUGAGCAGUUCUGUAUUAAUUAUGCCAAUGAAAAACUACAGCAACAGUUCAACAUGCAUGUGUUUAAGCUGGAGCAAGAGGAGUAUAUGAGGGAGCAGAUCCCAUGGACUCUCAUUGACUUCUAUGACAAUCAGCCCUGUAUCAACCUUAUCGAGGCCAAGAUGGGCGUCCUGGACCUGCUGGAUGAAGAGUGCAAGAUGCCGAAGGGUUCUGAUGACUCGUGGGCUCAGAAACUGUAUAACACUCAUUUGAAGACGUGUGCACUUUUUGAGAAGCCGCGGAUGUCCAAUAAAGCUUUCAUUAUUCAGCACUUUGCAGAUAAGGUGGAGUAUCAGUGUGAUGGUUUUCUGGAGAAGAAUAAGGAUACAGUGAACGAGGAGCAGAUAAAUGUGCUGAAGGCCAGUAAGUUUGACCUGCUGGUGGAGCUGUUCCGGGAUGAGGAGAAAGCCACUAGUCCGACCGGUGCUGCACCUGCCACUGGAGGGCGCACUCGUCUCAGCGUCAAACCAGACAAGAGAAAAGCUGGCCAGGCCAGCAAAGAGCAUAAGAAGACUGUCGGACUGCAGUUCCGAAACUCUCUACAGUUGCUAAUGGAGACGCUGAAUGCAACUACGCCACAUUACGUUCGCUGCAUCAAACCCAACGAUUACAAACAUGCUUUCACGUUCGACCCCAAGAGGGCAGUGCAGCAAUUGCGUGCAUGUGGAGUUCUGGAAACAAUCCGCAUUUCUGCUGCUGGGUUCCCAUCUAGGUGGACAUAUCAAGAAUUCUUUAGCAGAUAUCGUGUCCUCAUGAAGCAGAAAGAUGUUUUGACAGAUAAAAAGAUGACCUGCAAGAAUGUUCUGGAGAAACUGGUGCAGGAUCCAGAUAAGUACCAGUUUGGCAAGACCAAGAUCUUUUUCCGGGCGGGGCAGGUUGCUUACCUGGAGAAACUCCGUGCCGAUAAGCUGCGUGCUGCCUGCAUCCGUAUACAGAAGACGAUCCGCUGCUGGCUGGCACGCAAGAACUACCUGCGCAUGAAACACGCUGCUACUACCAUUCAGAGAUACGUCCGUGGAUACCAGGCCCGCUGUCUCGCGAACUUCCUGCGGCGCACACGUGCUGCGAUCAUCAUUCAGAAGUACCAGCGCAUGUAUGUGCAGAGAACGUGUUACAAACGCAAGCAGGCUGCAGCACUGGUCAUGCAGUGCAUACUCAGAGCGUACAUGGCCAGACAACUGUACAAAGCGCUGUUGCGCGAGCACAAGGCCAUCAUCAUUCAGAAGAUGGUUCGCGGCUGGCUGGCUCGGCAGUGGUACAAGAGGUCACUCAAAGCCAUCGUAUACCUGCAGUGUUGCAUCCGGCGCAUGCGAGCCAAGCGCGAGCUCAAGAAACUCAAGAUCGAGGCGCGAUCGGUCGAACAUUUCAAGAAGCUCAACAUCGGCAUGGAGAACAAGAUCAUGCAACUGCAGAGGAGGAUAGAUGAGCAGAACAAAGAGAACCGUUCUCUCAGUGAGCGUUUAAGUGGUCUGGAGAUCACUCACGCUGCGGAGUCCGAGCGUCUGCGCGUGGAGGUGACGCGUCUGCGAGGAGCGGAGGAGGACGCCAAAAACAACGCAAACCGAGUCACUUCUCUCCUGGAGGAGUUGGAGCGACUGCGCAAAGAUCUUCAGAACACACAGAAAGAGAAGAAAGCCAUCGAGGACUGGGCACGAACAUACCAGGACGAGAUGGAACAGAUGAUCUCAGAACUGAAGGACCAAAAUCACUUGCUGAAGAACGAGAAAGACGACCUGAACCGACUGAUCCAGGAACAAAGCCAGCAGUGGACAGAGAAAAUGCAGAGAGCUCUAAAAGAAGAAACCCAGCAGUUAGAAAACGAUUUAAACGAGGAACGUUCUCGCUACCAGAACCUCCUUACCGAACACCUGCGACUGGAGGAGAAAUACGACGAUUUGAAAGAGGAGAUCACUCUUGCCAUGAAUGUUUCCAAACCUGGUCACAGACGCACAGACUCCACACACAGCAGCAACGAAUCAGAAUGGACCUACACCUCCGAAUACGCAGAGUCCGAGGAAGGGUCCCGCAUGGGGGAGGAUGUUUCCAAGUCAAUGGACAUGUCGCUCUUCCUAAAGCUGCAGAAGAGAGUGUCCGAACUCGAGCAGGAGAAACAAUCAAUGCAGAACGAACUGGACCGCAGAGAGGAGCAGUUUCAGCGGGCUAGAGCCAGGGAUGAUGAGGAACAUAAGAAAGCUCGCAGCGCUGAGCUGGAGUAUGAAUCUCUCAAGCGUCAGGAGUUGGAGUCUGAGAAUAAGAAGCUGAAACAUCAUCUGAAUGAGAUGCGUCAGUCUCUGAGAGGAAGUGCUGAAGCCGGUUCUGCUGCUCCUGGUUCUCCUGCGUAUACGGUUCUGCUGGACCAGCUCAACUCCUCCAACGAGGAGCUGGAGGUGCGCAAGGAGGAGGUGCUAAUCCUGCGCUCUCAACUCGUCAGCCAGAAAGAGGCAAUGCAGCACAAGGAGACCAUGACUGAACCUCUGCCGUACAUUGAGGAUGUGCAGAAGUUGACUGACGCAAAGGAGAUCUCACAGGCCUACAUGAGUCUGAAAGAGACCAACAGAUCACCCAGGUUUACUCCCAGGCCAACUGAAGUGAACGAGCUCAUGAGCAGGUUGAGAUCCCCUUUCCCUGACUACCAUAAGCUGAAUGAGGAUGGAGAACUGUGGCUGGUGUAUGAAGGGUUAAAGGAAACUAACAGGUUGUUGGAGUCUCAGCUGCAGGCUCAGCGGCGCUCUCAUGAGAAUGAGGUGGAGGUUUUGCGUGGAGAACUUCAGAGUGUUAAAGAGGAGAAUAACCGUCAGCAGCAGCUGUUGGCGCAGAACCUGCAGCUUCCUCCAGAGGCCAGAAUUGAGGCCAGUCUGCAACACGAGAUCACUCGCCUCACCAACGAGAACCUGGAGCUUCACUCGGAGGACCCGAAGGAGUAUAAGGCCUACAGAAUCAGCAUGUUACGCAGGAUGGUUGAUCUAAUGGAGCAGCUGGAGAAACAGGACAAGACAGUCCGCAAACUGAAGAAACAGCUCAAAGUCUUCGCCAAGAAGAUCAACGAUCUGGAAGGUGGUCAGAUGGACGUGUCUCCAGGACAGACGACCGAUGAGCCCGUUCACCCGGUGAACAUUCCACGCAGAGAGAAAGAUUUCCAGGGAAUGCUGGAAUACAAGAAAGAAGAUGAACUAAAACUGGUCAAAAACCUCAUACUGGAGCUCAAGCCUCGUGGUGUGGCGGUCAAUCUGAUUCCGGGUCUGCCAGCGUACAUCCUUUUCAUGUGUCUGCGGCACGCUGAUUAUGUUAAUGACGACCAGAAAGUGAGAUCUCUGCUGACCUCCGUCAUUAACAGCAUCAAGAAGAUACUCAAGAAAAGAGGAGAUGACUUUGAGACCGUUUCCUUCUGGUUGUCCAACACAUGUCGUUUCCUACACUGCCUGAAACAGUACAGCGGAGACGAGCAAUUCAUGAAGCAUAACUCCCCCAAACAGAACGAUCACUGUCUUUCCAACUUUGACCUGGCCGAGUACCGGCAGGUUCUGAGUGAUCUGGCCAUUCAGAUCUACCAGCAGCUCAUCAAGUGUAUGGAGAACAUCCUGCAGCCCAUGAUCGUCUCUGGGAUGCUGGAACAUGAAACCAUUCAGGGCGUGUCUGGAGUGAAGCCCACGGGUCUCCGUAAGAGGACAUCCAGUAUCGCUGACGAGGGGACGUACACACUGGACUCCAUCAUCCGUCAGCUGAACACCUUCCACUCCAUCAUGUGUCAACACGGCACUGACCCGGAGCUCAUCAAACAGGUGGUCAAACAGCAGUUCUACAUCAUCGGAGCCGUCACACUAAACAACCUGCUGCUGCGUAAAGACAUGUGCUCCUGGAGCAAGGGCAUGCAGAUCAGGUAUAAUGUGAGUCAGCUGGAGGAGUGGUUGAGAGAUAAGAACCUCAUGAUGUGCGGCGCUAAAGAGACUCUGGAGCCGCUCAUUCAGGCUGCUCAGCUGUUGCAGGUGAAGAAGAAAACUGAUGAGGACGCUGAGGCCAUCUGCUCCAUGUGUAAUGCCCUCUCUACUGCACAGAUUGUGAAGGUGCUGAACUUGUACACACCUGUGAAUGCUUUUGAAGAGCGCGUGUCUAUAACCUUCAUAAGAACAAUACAGACACGCUUACGGGAUCGAAAGGAGUCGCCACAGCUGCUGAUGGACACCAAACUAAUCUACCCCGUGACCUUCCCAUUUAACCCCUCCUCCCUGGCCCUGGAAACCAUUCAGAUCCCUGGCAGCCUCAAUCUGGCCUUCCUCACUCGUGUGUAGACCUGCCAAUCACUUCACCUCAGCCAAUCACAUGGCAGGAACAGACAGCUAAAAUAUAUCAAUAAAAAAAGAAAAAUUACAAAAACAAACCACACACUCAAAGAGAAUGCAAUUCAGACAUUGUCACAAAUCCCUUUUAUUGCUCUUUCCUUCAUGCGUCGCUUUUGUUUGUUCAGAGGCUUAGUCUCACAAAACCUGAAAAGAAUAUGUCCUACAGGUCAUAUUUCACCCCAAAAUCAAAAGAAAAAAAAUGAAAAACUGUAUUUUGACUAAGGAAGCCUUAUUUUUAGGACCAUUAAGAAUUUUUGACAUUAUUUUCAUAACAAUUUCAAGCACAUUUCUCACACCAAUGCGCAUUACUUCAAUGCUAUAUAUAUAUAUAUCAUCUGAAUUGUAAAGUAAUUAUACAUCAUGUUAGUGUUUGUUGUACUGCCUUUAUGCUAAUUUUAUUCAAAACUAAAAUCAUUGUAUUAUGGCAUUUUUUAUAGGAUUAACAGUAUGUGAAUUAUCAUUUGGAAUAAUGUGAAUUAGAGUAGACAUUAUAUAUAGUAAGUAAAAUUAAGGUAAAAUUAUGGUAAUAUGUGCAGUUUUUUUGGCAUUACAGUAAUGAGAAUUAGUAAGGUGUGCUUAAUUUUCAAGAAAACAAUGCCACAAUGCAAAAAAGCUUGAAGGUCCUAGAAACAGGCUUCCUGAAACUUGUUUUGUUGGGGGUCAAAUGUGACCGGAUGUGUUUUUGUGAGAUUCACUCCAAAAGAUUGAAUAUUUUAAGGAUGUUUUCAAUGUACAAAGUUUUGCAUAAUGAAUGGAACGUUAUGAAAGGCAAAGAAAAAGUCAAAAUCACUCAUUCACGGGGCUGUAUAAUCUUAUACAUAUAUAAAUAUCUAUGAAUAUUAUGUAUGAUGCUUGGAUAUUUUAUUUAUUGCUUUACCCUAUCAGAUAUUUUUCUCUCCAUUGCUAGCUAACAUGGAUAUCCAGUUGCUCAUCCAUAUUACAUAAGUAACCUAGACUCGCUUAAAAAGACCUUGGAGCUCUGUUGACUUCAUUAACGUUGAUGUUUAUUUGUUAAUAGCGUGUGGUGAUGUCAAUUAGCUAGUUAGUAGUUGUGUCUGAUGUAACUCUGGCAGAAAGAAACCUUUGCAUUCCUGCACUGUCCCAAAGCUUUUGUCUUCCUCAAGUUACCAUCACAGAGCCCUUUCCAAAGAGGUGACACAGUCCAGACCCAUGGCAUGGUGGGUGUGUUUUGGGGGGUUAGGGGAUGGGGUCAUCUGGUUUUCGACCAUAACAAAAGCCUGAGGUCUACAUACGUUUCACAGGCAGGGUUCCUCGGGUUUCAUCAGAGCUAGACCCAGUUUAGUUGGGAUCAAGAUUUGUGAAUGAGGUUUAAUGUGGUUUCAGAUGGUUUGAGAACUCCACCAUGUUCUAGGUGGGUGAAUAUCAUGAAGAAAUCUCCAGGUCAUAUUUAACCCCAAAAUGAGUUUAUAAAACAAUAAAUGAUAGAUAUUUCAUUAUAAAUAUAAAACAUCACACAUUAAGAUUAAAUAUAAAAAAUGUCAGUUAUAAUACAAGUUAUAUUUCACAUAAAGCCCAUUUAAGAACUGUUAAGAUUUUUUGCAUUGUGACACAAUUAAGCACAAUUUCCCCCAAAUGCUCAUUUCUGCAUUGGGAAAAAAUCUCAUUCUCAUUACUGUAAUCCAAUAAUGAUAAUAAAUCCUGUGGACACAAAGAUUUAUUUUGAUUAAAAUCAGCAUUAAGAUAAAUUCAGCACACAGAAAUAAUUUUCUUACAGAGUAUUGUUGUUCUUAUUUUCUGGUAUUUCUAAACAUCCUUAAAACAAAGAAAAAUUACUUGAGAAGCAGAAUUACAUGAGAUAUUUUGUCAUGUUUUUAGAGAAAUAAAAAAGAAAGAAAGAAAAUGUGCCAAUGGGGUAAGAAAAUAAACCUAUUCUUUUCCCUUUGAAUCAAGGUUUUUUUUUUUUUUUUACCCCCAUUGGCAAGUAGUUUUGUCUUGUUAGAAGCAUAAACGUUACAAAAUUGUUAGAUUUCUCGAAAAAAAAAAAAAGAAAUAUCACAAUAUAUGUCGUUUUGCUUCUCAAGUAAAUGUUUCUUUGUUUUAAGGAGGUUUUUCCUGGAAAACAAGACAAAACCUUUUUUUUUUUUUUUUUUUUUUUUGUGAAGAAAUACUACCAUGAUGUAUACUGUACAACUAAAGUUUACAAAUGUACUUUACAAUAUAAAUAUUUUACUAUUUUUGUGUAUUAGUGUAAUGAGAUUAUUUUGUAUUACAGUAAUGAAAAAAAAAGAAGGAAAUAUGCUAAUUUGUGUUGAAAGUAAUACAAUGCAAAUUAAAAUGGUAUGCUUAAUUUUCUUUAAGCUUUUUUGAUUAGGUUUUUAUUAAUAUUAUUAUUAUUAUUAUUAUUUUGCUGGAAUAUGACCCGGACAGUUUUCAUGAGAUUCACCCAGGUGUCUUGUAUGCACACAAAUCAGCACUAGAUAUCCCUUAAGAAUCUAUUAAAAAUCCCCCAAACCACUGACUCAACAAGACAUGAAGAUGUUUAUCAGAAGCCAGCUGUUAUUUACUCCAGUAUUAUCAUUUUUUAAAUGCUUGAAACGGCUGUUGCUUUUACAGCAUUUGCUUUUAUAUGGAUGAUUUAAUAUGAUAUCUAUGUUUGUCUUUUGUGAUUGUGUCUGGCAGGAUAUCAGUAUUAUCUUGAAAAUGUCAGACAGCUUUUAUUUUAAAGCUGUUUGUUUUGAUUUGUAACCAGUAGUCACACUUUCAUCACACACACACACACUCACACACACUUACAUACUGUCAUAUAUUUCCUAUUCACACAUGUGAUGCAGGUUUGUUGGUCAGGCAAAUGAAAGGGGAAACCAGAACAGAAAUCAGGCAUGUUAAUACUUUAUUUAUUCUCUAUAAUGCAUGAGUUUCAGCUUUAAAAUCUUCCACACUAGUUCAGUGUGUUUUUGGCCAUUCACACAGUUUCAGGCUUUAAUUAGAGAAUAUGAUGUCAUUUUACUGUAGUGUGCUGGGAUUUGAUCAUGUCAUGCCUUACUGUUGAGAUAGUGUGUGUGCGUGUACAUGCAUUAAACUGCAAACAUAAUUUUCUUAAUCAGUAUUUUUGUCUUGUUUACCAGUAAAAAUAUCUUAACAUCCAAAAUUGCCUAAGAUAUUAUUGUUUUUUUUUUUUUGUUCUUGAAUUACUGUAAGUGUAUUUUUCUCACCACAUUGGAAAUGUUUUAAGCUUAAAUCGAAAGCAAAAAACAGGAAUAAAACAUAAGGAUGUUUAGAUAUUUUUACCGGAAAACGAUGAAAAUACUGAUUAAGAAAAUGAUUAUUUACAGUGAAGCUCAGCAUCUAAAUGAUCAUUACUACACAGAAUCAUUCAGCAGUCCAUUGUGUGUAUGAUGUGACUUGCUUUAUUAUUGUUUAGUUUUUAUGAAGCAUUAAUAAAACUGAUGGAAGAUUUACCAAUGCAACCUGAUAAAGAUGAAUAUCACUUCAAAUGGAAAAUUAUGAAAUUAUACUGGAACACAAACAUAUGAAAAUGUAAAAAAAAAAAACAAAACAAAACAAAAAAAUGAAUCGAAUGUUAAAGUGUUUGUACAUUAUUUCAUUUACUUUGUCAAAUUUGACAUAAAGCCUUACCUCUGAAUGAACAACAUGUUAAUGUAACAUCAGUUUGUUCUUCUCUAGCGUGUUCUGUUAAUUUGCUUUAUUUUUCUUGUGUACUAUAAACCCAUAAUAUAGAAGCAGGUUUGUUUCUGACUUAAAUGUAAACUUCAAGAAUAUACAUUUUAGUUAUUAUUAAAUUCAAAAUGCUUCUUAACACAUUCAUUGGCACUCUUAUGGUCUUCAAAAACCUUCUUCAGUCUUGUUGCACUGAGCCCUGGUCACCAUUCAGAAGACUGAAAUAAUUCAGUAACUUCUGAUUGGUUUGACAGCGAUUACAUUCACAGUGUGUUUAGAGCAUCCAGUUCUGAAGGUAAUUGUAUCAGUCAUUAUCAGCUCAGACUCAUGCUUGUAUAAAAGCAUAUACAGACAUUGUUAUUGCUGUAGUAAUGCAAAGUUGAAAUAUGUUUGGUUCUCAGUUUGACUUGUUCAGAGAGAUUUGGCAGAUGAGGGUCUCAGGAGGGAAUGUUUCUACUGAAGCACCAGAGAGUUUGUAGUUCCUGUAGCUGUAAUUAAUUAUUUCAUGUGUUCAUCAAUGCAUUUUCAUGGAGUGAUAUACUAAUGUCAAAACCUGUUCAAGUCAAAUAAAUUAAUUCAGUCACAA